AUGAGAAUGGCAGACAAACAAGUCCUGAAAACCAUUGAAUUAUUGGGAAUGCUACCCAACCUUCAACAAGGGAACGUCAUCAGAAAGGAAGGAGACAACCUUAUUUACUUGAACAGAGCGGUGGAAACGUGGAUUGACUCGAAAGAUUUUCAACCAGACGAAACUAAGGUAGUAGGAAUAGAAGAAUUGUUAGAUCUCAAUAACGGGGUCCUGUUCCAGUCACUGAACGAACAGAUUGAAAGUAAUCACUAUAACAUCUUAAGUGAUCUGGCAGCAGCAUCGUUUAACGGGACUCAUAAUGAUAAUGAGGACGAAGGCACUUUUCACGUGGAGGACGACGACGACGACAGCCUUCGAAACUGUGGUUUGUAUGGCAAAGGCAAGUGUUUGUAUUUAACGAAAAAUUACCGUCGACCGAAAGAAACAUCUUGGAUAGGGUGUGAAUUCCCCAAUUGCAAUGACUGGUACCAUGAGGCAUGCCUAGGUCUCCAGUUAAGUGCAAGAGACAAGGAUUCCUACACUUUUGUCUGUAACAAACAUUCAGAAGCAACAGGACAAUUCCACACCAAAGUUAAAGCGAGCGCCUCGGACCCCGAUAGUCUCUUGGAAAGAGACUGCAAUGCUCCGAAGCUCUUACCAAAAGGACGUAAAACAGGAAAAAAUUCCUCGAAACCUGACAGAGAUUACUCUCGGUUACCUUCAUAUGUCGAAUUCGAAGGAAGUUUUUUUUCACAUUGCCGAAUUUGUAUCUUUACAAGAAGGAAAGGUCUAUAG